AUGGGUCGCCUUCACAGCAAAGGAAAGGGUAUCAGCGCCUCGGCCAUUCCAUACUCACGAUCUGUGCCCACUUGGUUCAAGAGCACCCCCGAGACUGUCGUUGAUAACAUCUGCAAGCUCGCCAGAAAGGGUGCCACACCCUCUCAAAUCGGUGUCGUUCUUCGAGACAGCCAUGGUGUUGCUCAAGUCAAAGUCGUCACUGGUAACAAGAUUCUGAGAAUCCUCAAGUCAAACGGUCUCGCGCCCGAAAUCCCCGAAGACCUCUAUAUGUUGAUCAAAAAGGCUGUUGCCGUCCGCAAGCACCUCGAGCGAAACCGAAAAGACAAAGAUUCCAAGUUCAGACUUAUUCUCAUCGAGUCCAGAAUCCACCGUCUCAGCCGAUACUACAAAACUGUUGGUGUUCUUCAACCUAACUGGAAAUAUGAGAGCGCAACCGCAAGUACAAUGGUCGCAUAA